AUGCAUCCGUAUACCAAAGCCCAGGACAUGUUCGAUGACCUUGAAUGGAGGUUCGGCGACCGGAACGAUGCAACUGAAGCUUGCAAUGGGCUAGACAGACCAAAAAUGAAGCCCACAGACGACUUCCAUACCUUCCUAUGCAUGUUUUUGUACAAGUCUGGUGCAAACAGAACGCGCUUCGGGUGUCUGAAGAACGAGCUCUAUGACCGUCUGACCUAUGAUCUGAAAAGAGCCGUCAUGCCCGCAAAUCUUGACAACACCGUCACGUUUGACGAGUUUACAAAGAUUUGUGGACAGGAAGAUAGACUUCUAGGGCAUGGGUACAUCCAGAACAAGAAAUGGGAUUGGAAGAAGGUAAAAAAGGUGACAUCUCGGGCUCCCGAGCCAUCAGGCAACAUGGAGGAGAUGUCGAGCGCACUGGCAACUGGAAAUGCCAUGUGUUGGUGGUAG